GUGUUCUGUGGCCGUGCUUUUUAUGCCGAGAGCAAAUUCGAGUUGGCAAAAUCAAGCCAAAACACGGGCACAAAGCACGGCCGUGUCCAUCCAAAGCACGGCCGUGCCCAUCACCAAACACGGCCGUGUUUCUUCCAACACAUGGCCGUGUAAUUAACCCUAGCCAAAGCACGGGCGGGCUGAGGCAUUACACGGCCGUGCCCUCGACCGUGCGUUGACCACUGAUGCCCUUUUAAGCAGAUUUUCAGCCAAACAGAAGGGGAUUCUAGUUUUUGAGAGAUAGAACGAUUUCUAGAUAGAGAAAGCGACGAACAAGAGUCUCCAAGUGCCCUAGCUUGAUCUUCAACACCAUUGGAGGCCAGUUUGAGCUUGGAGAAGUGCCGAUCAACGUCCAGGAGCAGGAAUCCAUCCUUCACAGUAUGAAUUCCGCGUCUGAUUCUGCUUUUGCUUCUUUCUCUAUGGAGUAGUUCUCCCAUUCAUUCGGGUAUGGAGAACCCUAGAUUUGUACGUUAGGUUUGAUUGUAUGAACCCAAGUACUGAUUCUAUGAUUUGAUUAUAUUCGAUUGAGGUUUGAAUGAUUGAAUGACUUGAAUCCUGAUCAAAUUCCUGUUGUUUCUGCUUUAACCUAGAAUGAGAAUAUUUGCCUAGGUUAAUAGAGUAUCCUUGAUUGAAGGUAGGGAGUUGGUGACUUUAGUCGAGGAACCAACUCACUAUUCUGUACCGGAUUUACUCCGGUAGUGGAGGUUUUGUUCUUAGGGCCUCAAUCUGUCUACUCCGGUGGAGGUUAGUCGCCCGCUAGAGAUUCAGAUUGAGAGGGUCUGAAGACCUUUAGUCGAGACUUCAGGCUGUUUAAGAACCUUCCGCAGUAUAACUUUCAUAGAAACUGAACUUGGUAAUUGCAAUCCGGCUUAACUGUAGUCUAGGGGGAACCAUAUCCGGGUGACCUCUCUUAACCUGAAUACAACAGUUUACUUGCUUUGUUUGUUUGGUAGUUUAGACUUGCAUUCCAGCUUCAUUGCUAGAUAACAAGAAUUCACCGAGUAGUCAUCAAAUCUAGGACCCGGGUUGAUAAUUAAACCUAAACCCGCUAUACUACGCUUUAGGAAGUGGUUACACUUGGCCAGUUCCUGGAGUGACAGUAGAAGUGAGUCAGCUAGCAUCUCUUUGAUGGUUUUCCUUCUUCUCCCUUGUGUUUUCCCUUCUCCUAGCAUGGACUAGUACCUUCUUUCACUUGGGUGUUUGUAAACCCUAGCUAUAAUUAUGUGAAUGCUUGUAUGGAUUGAAUGAUUUGUAUGUGGUUGUGUUUUAAUGUGAAUGUGAAAGUAUUAUUCAUGAAUCAUUGUGUUGUUUCACCAAAUAUUGACCGCUAGAUAAUGUUUCAAGCAAUCGAAGUAGGGGUACAUGAACCGGCCCGGGUUGACAUUAUACAUACUUGCCCUAUAUUGCACCCAUUUAAGGUUUAUACUCGGGCCUUAAUUGGGAAGUUUUAGUGUGAUAUUCGGGACGAGUCAAGUUUUUGGCGCCGUUGCCGGGGAACCCAACGGUUCAUUAUUUUGAAAAGAUUGUUUGGUGAUAAUGUAGCUUUUAGCUUUCAUUUGUGCUUGUGAAACUUGCUUGUGUUAGACGAGUUGUGGUUCUUUUUUAGUUUUUGCAGGGUUGUUUAUGACCCGGAGCAAUCCGAAACCUUUGGCGCCACUAAACGAGAACCUCAACUGCACGCUCCGACUCUUGGCUCGUGAGAGGGAGCUAGCGGAAGCAAGAAGAAGGAUUGAGGAAAGGGGUCAACUUCAAGUUGGACCUGAAGUAGAAGCUGAAGUUGAGGAAAGAAGAGAAGUGAAGAUGGCGGCAAACCAAAAUGCUCAAGGUGGAGAAGGAGCGGCCGUGGGAGAGCAACUGAGAACGAUGGGCUAUUACAUGACCCCACGCAUGACGAAUAUCCAACUCGCCAUUCGUCAUCCUCCCGAGUCCGCCAACAACUUUGAAAUCAACCCCUCCCUUGUCACCAUGAUAAAAAACAACGCCUUAUUCCAUGGCCUUAGCAACGAGUCCCCGAGGGAGCACGUGCAGAAGUUCAUCGAGCUUGCAGGAAGUUUGAAGAUAAAUGGUGUGCCAGAGGAUGUUUUGAAUUUGAGGCUAUUUCCUUACUCUCUUGCGAGAAAUGCCUCUCGGUGGCUCAAAAAUGGGUCGGCUCUCUCAAUCACCUCGUGGGAUGAUAUGCUCAACAAGUUUAUGACUCGGUAUUGCCCACCAUCAAAGACGGCGGAUUGGUGCAAGAAGAUCACCCACUUCGAGCAAGAGGAAGACGAGACAUUGAGAGAUGCAUGGGAGAGAUACUCAGAUUACUUCCUUCAAUGCCCACAUAAAUACAUCAUGGAUUCGAGGAGAGAUUCCGGAUUGAGACCUUCUAUGAUGGUCUCCACCAAGAUGACAAGGUCCUCAUUGACUCCCUAUGCCAAGGGAAGUUGAUGAAUAUGACUCCACCUCAAGUAACCAAGUUGCUAUAAUAUGGCAAGUAAAGGGUAUGCUUGGGGCUUGACAAGAAGUGGAAAGAAAAGCGCCAAAAGGUGAGUGCAAAGUGUGGGAGUGAAUCCACCGCUUGAAGCCAAGAUUGAUCGGUUGAUUGAGGCACUCCUAGAGGACAAGAAGCAUGGAAAGAAGCCAAUAAUGGCGUGUGAUUGGUGUUUAAGUCCUAACCACGAGAUCUCGGAUUGUCAAAUGAUGAAGGAAUCAAGCACUGCCAAGGAGAAACUGAGUUUCAUUGCCAAUGCUAGGGGGAACAACCCCUAUAACAACACUUACAACCCGGGGUGGAGAAAUCAUCCGAAUUUCUCUUGGUCCUCUUCGACCAAUCCAAGACCCUUUGGUUUCCAAGGACUCACGGGAAAUUAUCAACCAAGGCCUACUUCCAUUCAACAAAGGCCGCAAUUCCAAGGCUCUAACUUUCAACAACCGUUUCAAACUCAAGGAGGUGAAUGGUUCCAACAACCCGAUAAGUUUGAAACUUGAAGACCUUGUGACCACCUUUGUGAGCAUGAGCACUCAAAAGUUCGAGAAGAUUGAGUAAUUCAUGGAUGUAGCAACUACAAAGUUUACCUCGGUUGAGGCGAGACUAUGGAGUCGCCAAGCUAGUCUCCAAAACUUAGAGACUCAAAUUGGCAACCUUGUCGGUAUUCUCACUGAGAGGCCAAGAGGAGCCCUACCCUCUCAAAUCGUUGUCAACCCCAAAUAUCAAAAUUUCAGGUGCAACGCUAUCCUUUGUGGAACGGGAAGGUGACUCCGGAGGUAGUUGCAAAGGAUGUAGCUGAAGAGGAAAGGGUGCCUACAAACUCCGAUGAUCAAGAAGGCAUGGAAGGAGAGGAAGGAGAGGCUAGGAAGUCAUGUAACAUCCCGAACCUUUUUCCGACAAGAUACUGUCCGCUUUGGGCCUCUACACCUGCACGGAUUUUCCUUGGGGUGCAAUUCAAUGUGACUUUCCAUAAGGCCACCCAUCCUUGUUGUACUCCACACUGAGCACGUUUAACUUCGGAGUUCUCACGAGAACUCCUCCAUUUCACCCCAAAACGUGUCUUGUCAGUUAAGGUCGGUUUCCUACUUAUGAAGCAUGGAUCUCUCCCAUGCUUUGUCGAUGUGGGAUUUGCCUAAGGUGUUACAUACCCCCCCCCCCCUUGGGACUCAACGCCCUCAUUGAGGUUUUCCCCACCAUCAUUCAAGAGGGACGCGGAGAGGCUCUGAUACCACUUGUAACAUCCCGAACCUUUUCCUGACAACCGUUUUGGGCCUCUACACCCGCACGGAUUUGCCUUGGGUGCAAUUCAAGGUGACUUCCCAUAAGGUCACCCAUCCUUGUUGUACUCCACACUGAGCACGUUUAACUUUGGAGUUCUCACAAGAACUCCUCCAUUUCACCCCAAAACGCGUCUUGUCAGUUAAGGUCGGUUUCCUACUUAUGAACCAUGGAUCUCUCCCGUGCUUUGUCGAUGUGGGAUUUUCCUAAGGUGUUACAAGUCACCUCAAAUGGUGGUCGAGCAUGAGCCCACUCUUACUUUCCCGACGAGGGUUCAUAAGCACAAAUUGGAUGCGGAAUGUGGCAAGUUUAUGGAGAUGCUUAGGAACCUUGACCUUUUCAUGCCCUUCUUCGAAGAAAUGACUUGCAUGCCAAGGUAUGCAAAGUACCUAAAGGGGCUACUCUCAAAGAAGCACAAGUUUGAAGACCUCUCUUCCAUCACCUUGAGCGAGGGUUGCUUGGCGAUCAUCCAAAAUAAAUUGUCGCAAAAGCAACCAGACCCAAGUAGCUUUACUAUCCCUUUGAGCAUUGGAACUAAUCACAUAUAAAACUCAUUGGCGGAC